AUGCCAGACGAGCUCACAUGCCUACUUCCCAUCUGCAGGUUGCACGAGGGCACAUCUCCACGCCUCUUCAUCCUUGAGCACACAGAUGGGGCAGGGCACCGGAUGAAGUCUGUCCUGGAAGCCAUUGCCAUUUCGUGGAGGAACAAGUUUAACUUCGGCGGUCUCGUUGGCCAGCUGUGGCCCCUUACAGACCAGCACAUCAACAUCCGCGUGGUGGUGGAUGCCGUCUUCGGGCCAGGGGCAACGCAGCAGCUUUACAUUUACAACAUCAGCAACAAACCACGUCUGCAGGGCAAGUUCAACGACGUCCGAGCUCUGGAGGCAAAGGCGAAUCAGGUGCCACCAUCUGCGGCUGUCUUUUGCCAUGCCGUGAAUGAGUGGGGCUACGACCGCAGCGUGCCCACCAGUGACUAUUUCCCCGGCUGGCUGAGAGAUCAGAUGCGUAAACACCUGGAUUUGCAGCCGUUGGCCUUUGCCGACGGCAAGAUCUCUGUCGUGAUGCACCUGCGGCGAGCAGACUUGGAAAGGAGUGACACCCGUGCCACUCCCGAUUCGUACUACUACGGGCUUGCAAAGGAAAUAGAGAAGCUGCUGCCGCCGGAAGAUCUGGAUUUUCAUGUCUGGAGUUCCCCCAAGAACAUACCUGCUUUCGACUACCAUUUCUGGAAAUCGGAGGACUUCGAUGGGUACCGGCAGCGUGGCAUGACUGUGCAUUUGGACGAGAAAAUCGACGACAACGACGACAUGCUAAAGGCAUGGGUCCACAUGUCAAGGGCAGACAUCUUCAUCAUGUCUCAAAGUUCCUUCUCGAUGGUUCCGGCAUACAUGAACACCAACUGCGUGAUCUUCCCGUCCAACAUCGACUCACCUCUGGAGAACUGGGUCAAUGGGAAGGAUCCGCAGCGAAGCAGCUACCGAGCUGAGCUGGCCAAGUGUGUGGAGCGUGUCAAGACGGCGAGGAAGCCCGCCAAAGCAGCUGAGACGAGUUUGAGUUCCCAGCAAGCAGCAAGCCCACCGACGUGCAAGCUGCAGGUUUGCAAUAUGCGUGACCCAUCAGCGCCCAAGCUCUACAUCCUUGAACACACAGAUGGCGCAGGGCACAGGAUGAAGUCUCUCAUGGAAGCCAUUGCUAUCUCAUGGAAGAACAAGUUAAACUUCGGAGGUCUCGUUGGCCAACUGCAGCCUCUCACAGAUCAGCACAUCAACUUCCGCGUGGUGGUGGAUGCAGUUUUUGGGCCAGAUGCUUCCAAGAACUUCUUCAUCCACAACAUCAGCAGCAAGCCGAAAUUCACGGAAGUCCAAAGUGCACGUGAGCUGGAAGGGAAGCUUUCCAGCUUCCAGCCUGGAGAGCUGUUGUACUGCCACGCUGUGAAUGAGUGGCCACGGGGCUACGACCGCAGCGUGCCCACCAGUGACUUUUUCCCCGGCUGGCUGAGAGAUCAGAUGCGUAAACACCUGGAUUUGCAGCCGGUGGCCUUUGCCGACGGCAAGAUCUCUGUCGUGAUGCACCUGCGGCGAGCAGACUUGGAAAGGAGUGACACCCGUGCCACUCCCGAUUCGUACUACUACGGGCUUGCAAAGGAAAUAGAGAAGCUGCUGCCGCCGGAAGAUCUGGAUUUUCAUGUCUGGAGUUCCCCCAAGAACAUACCUGCUUUCGACUACCAUUUCUGGAAAUCGGAGGACUUCGAUGGGUACCGGCAGCGUGGCAUGACUGUGCAUUUGGACGAGAAAAUCGACGACAACGACGACAUGCUAAAGGCAUGGGUCCACAUGUCAAGGGCAGACAUCUUCAUAAUGUCUCAAAGUUCCUUCUCGAUGGUUCCGGCAUACAUGAACACCAACUGCGUGAUCUUCCCGUCCAACAUCGACUCACCUCUGGAGAACUGGGUCAAUGGGAAGGAUCCGCAGCGAAGCAGCUACCGAGCUGAGCUGGCCAAGUGUGUGGAGCGUGUCAAGACGGCGAGGAAGCCCGCCAAAGCAGCUGAGACGAGUUUGAGUUCCCAGCAAGCAGCAAGCCCACCGACGUGCAAGCUGCAGGUUUGCAACAUGCGUGACCCAUCAGCGCCCAAGCUCUACAUCCUUGAACACACAGAUGGCGCAGGGCACAGGAUGAAGUCCCUCAUGGAAGCCAUUGCUAUCUCAUGGAAGAACAAGUUAAACUUCGGAGGUCUCGUUGGCCAGCUGCAGCCUCUCACAGAUCAGCACAUCAACUUCCGCGUGGUGGUGGAUGCAGUUUUUGGGCCAGAUGCUUCCAAGAACUUCUUCAUCCACAACAUCAGCAGCAAGCCGAAAUUCACGGAAGUCCAAAGUGCACGUGAGCUGGAAGGGAAGCUUUCCAGCUUCCAGCCUGGAGAGCUGUUGUACUGCCACGCUGUGAAUGAGUGGCCACGGCAGAUGGAGCGAGGAACGAUAAGGGGCUACGACCGCAGCGUGCCCACCAGUGACUAUUUCCCCGGCUGGCUGAGAGAUCAGAUGCGUAAACACCUGGAUUUGCAGCCGGUGGCCUUUGCCGACGGCAAGAUCUCUGUCGUGAUGCACCUGCGGCGAGCAGACUUGGAAAGGAGUGACACCCGUGCCACUCCCGAUUCGUACUACUACGGGCUUGCAAAGGAAAUAGAGAAGCUGCUGCCGCCGGAAGAUCUGGAUUUUCAUGUCUGGAGUUCCCCCAAGAACAUACCUGCUUUCGACUACCAUUUCUGGAAAUCGGAGGACUUCGAUGGGUACCGGCAGCGUGGCAUGACUGUGCAUUUGGACGAGAAAAUCGACGACAACGACGACAUGCUAAAGGCAUGGGUCCACAUGUCAAGGGCAGACAUCUUCAUAAUGUCUCAAAGUUCCUUCUCGAUGGUUCCGGCAUACAUGAACACCAACUGCGUGAUCUUCCCGUCCAACAUCGACUCACCUCUGGAGAACUGGGUCAAUGGGAAGGAUCCGCACCGAAGCAGCUACCGAGCUGAGCUGGCCAAGUGUGUGGAGCGUGCCAGAAAGGGGAGUCUGCAGUAG